AUGGGCUCCACGACGGGCCAAGAGCCCGAGUGGACGGCCCCCAAAGUACGGUCCGCCUUCAUUGAGACUCUCCGCUGGAACACUAAAGCUAACCACGACGAUAGCUACUUCAAAGAUAGAGGCCAUACUUUCGUUCCAUCGUCUUCCGUGGUCCCUCUUUCGGACCCGACACUGCUAUUUACAAAUGCUGGCAUGAAUCAGUACAAGUCCAUUUUCCUUGGGACGGUAGAUCCGGACUCGGACUUUGCCAAGCUCAAGCGCGCCGUCAACUCGCAGAAAUGUAUACGUGCAGGUGGCAAGCACAACGAUCUGGACGAUGUGGGCAAGGACAGCUAUCACCAUACCUUCUUCGAGAUGCUGGGUAAUUGGUCGUUCGGAGACUACUUCAAGAAGGAGGCCAUCGAGAUGUCUUGGGAGCUACUAACCAAGGUCUUUGGACUGGAUCCGGAUCGACUGUACGUAACGUACUUCGAGGGAAAGUCGGACGCUGGACUCGAGCCGGAUGAGGAGGCCAGAAAGUAUUGGAAAGCCGUUGGUGUUGCUGAUGACCAUAUCCUGACCGGCAACAUGAAAGACAACUUCUGGGAGAUGGGCGACCAAGGGCCUUGCGGUCCUUGCUCUGAGAUACACUAUGACCGCAUUGGUGGCAGGAAUGCUGCACACCUUGUCAACCAAGACGAUCCCAACGUGCUGGAGAUUUGGAACAAUGUGUUCAUUCAAUACAACCGAGAACCGGAUCGGUCAUUAAGGCCUCUCCCGAACAAGCAUGUCGACACCGGCCUCGGUUUCGAGCGAUUAGUGUCAGUGCUGCAGAACAAGAUGUCCAAUUAUGACACGGACGUCUUCACGCCACUUUUCAAGACGAUACAGGAGGUCACAGGCGCUCGGGAGUACCGUGGCAAGUUCGGCGAUGAGGAUGUUGACGGCAUCGACACCGCCUAUCGUGUGAUCGCUGACCACGUGCGCACACUUACUUUCGCCAUCUCCGACGGCGGUGUGCCGAACAAUGUCGGUCGAGGUUACGUUGUCCGGCGAGUGCUGCGGCGAGGAGCGCGGUAUGCGCGCAAAUACUUCGACGUCACGAUUGGAGACUUCUUCGCCAAAAUUGUGCCGACGCUUGUUGCACAGAUGGGCGAAAUGUUUCCGGAAAUCAAAGCGAAGCAGUCUGACGUCGUACAAAUAUUGGACGAAGAGGAGGUCAGCUUCGCCAAGACGCUCGAUCGCGGCGAAAGCAUGUUCGAACGGUUUGCCCAACAGUGCAAGAAGACUGACGCAAAGGAACUGUCAGGCGCUGAUGUGUGGCGCUUGUAUGACACGUAUGGCUUUCCAGUCGAUCUUACCAAGCUCAUGGCGGAGGAGAGAGGGCUUGACAUUGACGACAAGGCAGUUGCAGAAGCGCAGGAGAAAGCGAGAGAAGCGAGUAAGGGCGAGAAGAAAGCUGCGGCAGAUUUGCUGAAGCUGAAUGUGCAUGAUAUCAAUGCGCUGGAGCAGAUGCCGGACGUGCCAAAGACGGACGACUCGCCCAAGUUCCAGCGAGAGAAUGUUCACGGCGUUAUCCGUGCCAUCUACGUGGGUGGCAAAUUUGUGGACUCCACCAAGGAGAUAUCGGAGAGCGACCAGAUAGGCCUCAUACUGGACCGGACGAGUUUCUAUGCGGAGCAAGGUGGUCAAGAAAACGACACUGGCCGAAUACUAAUUGAUGGCGAGGCAGAGAUCGAUGUUCAGAACGUGCAGGUGUAUGCAGGCUAUGUUAUGCACACGGGCUUCAUGAAUUACGGCAGCUUCAAGGUUGGCGAUGAGGUACUUUGCGACUACGAUGAGCUACGAAGACAGCCCAUACGAAACAACCACACCGGCACACAUAUCCUCAACUUCGCCCUGAGAGAGGUACUCGGCGAUGAGGUCAACCAGCGCGGCUCAUUGGUUGCACCCGAGAAGCUGCGAUUCGACUUCAGUCACAAGGCAGGCUGUUCUGACGAAGAGCUGGUGAAGAUCGAGGACCUGAGUACCAGCUAUAUCCGGCAAAACAGCGAGGUGUAUGCGUCAGAAGUGCCGCUGGCGACUGCACGCAACAUCGAAGGUGUACGUGCGGUAUUCGGCGAGACAUACCCAGAUCCUGUGCGCGUCGUGAGUAUAGGGGUGCCGGUUGAGGAGCUUCUGGAGGACGUCAAGCGGAAGGAAUGGCGCAGCGUAUCCAUAGAGUUCUGUGGUGGCACGCAUGUCAAGAACACGACUGAGAUCAAAGAGCUGGUCAUCCUGGAAGAAAGCGGCAUUGCGAAGGGCAUCCGACGCAUAGUCGCUGUGACUGGCGCUGCGGCGCACGAUGUGCAGCGCGAGGCCUCGGAGUGGGACAAGAAGAUCUCGAAGCUUGAGACCAUGGAGUACGGGGUGGAGAAGGAGGCCAGAACAAAAGAGUGGCAGCACGAGCUUGGCAAAGUCGAAAUCGCUGCAGUGGCGAAAUCCAAGCUUCGAGAACGCGUCGCGAAGGUCGUGAAGGAGAACCUCGAUCACCAGAAGACCGCGCAGAAGGCCGAGAACAAGCGCGUGCUGGACGUGGUGAACGAUCACUUCGAGCAGAACAAGGACGCCAAAACCCUUGUGCUCAGCUUGCCGGUCUCUGCUGGUUCGAAAGCGGUGCAAGAGACGAUCAAGGUCAUCAGCUCGAAGCAUAAGGAUAAGACGGUGUAUCUGUUAGGCAAGGCUGACGACAAGGUCCUGCACGGCUGCUUUGUGAGCGAGGAAGCCCAGGGGAAGGGCGCCGAUGCCAGCAAAUGGGCGAACGAAGUCGCUGGAGUCGUCGGCGGUAAAGCUGGUGGCAAGGGAGCAACCAGUCUCGGUCAAGGGACGAACCUGGAUAAGAUAGACGAAGGCGUUGAGGCUGCUCGCAAGUAUCUCCAAGGCUUGAAGCUAUCAUUGAUUCGCUGCCGUACCAGCGAAGGACAUGGCAUACCGAAGCUCAGCCUGGACCCACUCUGCCAUUGUGCACAGGGCCAGCUCGCAACGGUCAUCCUCAACUACGUUGCCAUACCCAAACCACUUUCCCAUGCAGCUAAUAAAUCUUCCGUCGAAUUCUAUUGCCCCUUUAUCUGUAUGAUGUCCUUUCGUGUCGCUGCCCGCUCGGCAUACUCUUUGCCGCGAACACAUGCCACUCCCUUCUCCGCCGGCAUCGCUCAAGCUCGAGGUCUUGUCUCGCAUCCCACCACCAACAAUGGCUUCAGGAAGGCAUUCGUCCAGGACAGCCAUAACGCGUUGCGACAAUUUAGCAGCUCACCAACAAUGGCGACUUCCGCAUUAGCAUCCAUCAAAAGCAAUUGCCGCAAGGUUAUGUGCAUUGGCCGCAACUACGCAGACCAUGUCAAGGAGCUCAACAACCAAAGGCCCAAACAGCCCUUCUUCUUCCUCAAGCCACCCUCCUCCAUCCUCCUCCCCAAUGAAGGACCCGUCCUGCGACCUGCCGGCGUGAACAUGCACUUCGAGGUCGAGCUUGGACUAGUAAUUGGCAAGACGAUCAAGGACCUCAACACCGAAGACGACAAUGAGAUCCUACAGUACAUCGACAGCUACCUCCUCGCCAUUGACAUGACUGGUCGCAAUGUGCAGGAAGAAGCGAAGAAGCGGGGGCUACCGUGGUCCAUUGCCAAAGGCUACGAUACCUUCCUGCCAAUUGCUGGACCGAUCGCGAAAAGCAAAUUGACGGAUCCGCAUAACAUCGAGCUGUAUCUUAAGGUUAAUGGCGAGACGAAGCAGGAGGACAAUACCGAGUUGAUGCUUUUCCGUCUUCCGAGGCAGCUGAGCGAUAUCAGCAAGGUCAUGACGCUGGAAGCUGGCGAUAUUGUGUUGACGGGUACGCCAAAGGGCUGGAAUGAGGAUCAACGGCAAGGAGGUGGAGGAGGCGCGGUUGAAGGUCGAGGUGAAGGAUAA